CGUUCAGCCCUAAAAGCUGUUAGCUGUAGCAUAGCCGCGACGCACCGGAGAAGUGCUCGGCUUUCUGAAUAUAAGAGCCUCCUGUGGACUCUGGAUACGUUAAAAAACAUUGUAUGAUUUAAAAGGAACGCUAUGGAUGAACAAACCUCAGACAUAGAAGUGACGGUCAAAACUCUGGACUCUCAGAGCAGAACCUACUCAGUCGGUGCUCAGCUGACAGUUAAAGAGUUCAAAGAGCACAUUUCUCCUUCAGUGGGCAUCCCUGUGGACAAACAGAGGCUCAUCUACCAGGGCAGAGUACUGCAGGAUGAAAGGACGCUGGCAGACUACAAUGUGGCUGGAAAGGUGAUUCACCUUGUGGAGCGGGCCCCCCCUCCACCCUCCCAGCCUGGCUCGGGGUCAGGGGCCACCGCAGCCGACAGCGGGCAGUCUUCAUCCUCCCAGGGAGCAUCGCAGGUGCCUCCACACGAUCGCAAUGCCAACAGCUAUGUCAUGCUUGGAACCUUCAACCUCCCCGUCAAUAUCAUGGACCCCCAGCAGAUACAGAUGUCUGUUCAGCAGAUGGUCUCUGGAAUGGGAGAUAAUGCAAGAAAUGCUCGAGUCACAGCCAGUACUGGAAGCAACGGGUCUGUAAACGUUCACAUCGACAUGGACCAGCCGGUGCAGAGCGAACCCAGGCUGAGGCUGGUUCUGGCCGAGAAUCUGCUGCGAGACCUCAACGAUGUCAUCAGCAGGAUGGAGGGUCGACAGAGCGAUUCCCAAACCUCCCAAUCAGAGACGGCCUCUGCUGCUGCUCCGCCUCCUCCCUCUUCUUCCUCCACAAGCUCCACCCCUUCUCCCUCCACUCAGCCCAUGGACACCUCACCUCCUCCAACAACUCCACCCACCUUCUCUGCUCAGUCUGAGGGACCCACUCCACAGCCAGGACCCAAUCACCCCAGCCCCGCUGAGCUGGCAGAGAUGUUGUCAGAGCUGCGGAGAGUCGAGGAGAGGCUGCAGCCUUUCAUCCAGAGAGCGCACGGCAUCUUGGAGACGGCGGCGGCGGCCGAGUACAACAAUGACACAGAGCGGGAGGACGACCAGAGGACCCUCAUCCAGAUGUGCGAAGGUCUCCGGCUCCUUGGCAAUGCCCUGGUUGCCCUCAGUGAUCUUCGACUGAACCUCUUGAGCCCGAUCCCCCGACAUUUGCAUGUGGUGCGGCCCUUUUCCCACUACGCCAGCCCGGUCACUCUGCCCAGCGCCGUGCAUCACCAUGUCCCAGUACAAAUGAACCUGGGGGCCACAGUGACUGUUGCGGCCAACAGCACUGAGGGACAGGCUCCGCCCACACAACCGUCCGGCCAAGCGGAGCAGGCAGGUCAGGGACAGACCCCCCCCGCACAGACUUCCCCGUCCAAUCAGCCGCCGGGACAGGGACAGGGACAGGCUGGCCCCCGGGUCAUCAGGAUCAGCCACCAGGCAGUCCCGGUGGUCAUGAUGCAGAUGAACGCGGACGGUCCCAGCCCCAGCCCUGCAGCGGGGGGACAGCCGAUCCCGGCACAGCCAGGUGGUCUGCCCCCGGACUUCAUGCGGAACCUCAUGCAGCAGAUCAGUCAGUACGCGGCGGCUGUCGCCACCAGCGCCGCCACCGCUGCUGCUACUGGACAGCCGGCCGCCCCCCAGCCCACCCCUCCUGGUCAGAGCUCCACUCCCAGCUCCUCAGCUGCUACAACGGGUCCCAACACCCCCACUACCACCCCAACCGCUCCCCCUCCACCGUCCCACGCCAGCCCGCAGCCUCAAGCCAGGGUGGUGUUCACCCGACCUUCUUUCACCACCAACAUUGCCCCCCCGGCCUUCGGGACCCGUGGAACCACCAUCAACGUGAGGGCGGCCAUGCCGGGCCAGCAGCAGGGGCAGGCUUUCAAUCCGGUGGCAUUUAACCAGAUGAUCACCGGGCUGGUGGGACAGAUGCUGCUGCCGGGGCAGAUGGCCGGUCAAACGGUCACCUCUUCCACUGCGUCCACAUCCUCCUCUUCCUCUCAGACUUCCUCCUCCUUCUCCUUCUCCACCUCGGGUCCAAUGCCUCCAUCUGCAAACGCCCCACCCACCCAGGACCAAGGGGAGGCCGGCGGCAGCGAGCCCCAGCCGCAGGAAAUCCCCCCCGACAUCAGUCAGCUCAUGAGCUCGCUCUUAGGCGGUGCCAGUGGCGGAGCCCCCUCCAUAACCGUGACCACGUCCGGAGUCCCCGCCUUCCUCCAAGGCAUGAGUGAGUUCAUGCAGCAGCCGAUCUUCCCCACGCCCCCCUCUGGAACCCCCGCAGCCCCCGCUGCAGGGGCCACCUCUGCUCCCAACCCGGCUGCAGGCGCGUCCGAGUCCAUCAACCCGGAGCUGUUCACCGGCAUCGUCCGUGGCGUCCUGAGCACGCUGAUGGGCUCUCUGGGCCAAACGCAGAACGACUCUGAGAGCAUCGCUCAGUUCAUGCAGAGGCUGUCCCAGGCCACCAACAUCUUCAUCAGCACCGAAGAGCCCACAGGUUUCUUCGGGGAGCUGCUGAUGCUGGUGUGUCAGCUCUUCACCAUGUCGGACCUGGUGAUGCUGCUCCACGGACAGCACCAGCCGCUGAGCCGCAUCCAGCCCAUGCUGUCGCAGUUCUUCACCGAGAACUACCUCAGCGGCAGAGAGCCCACCGACCAGAACAUCGCUGCUGCUGCUGACAGUCUGGUUAAUGAACUGGAGGAGUACAUCACUGAGAGCUUCAGAGAGUCUUCAGUUGCUGUGCUGGACGAAGUGGACGUCACCCAGACCAACAUGGCCUUCUUCAGACAUCACCUGACCACCAUCGCCACACACAUCCUUCACUGCACAGAUGAGACUUUUGGACCCACGCUGCUGAGGAUGUGCAACCGCGCGCUCUUCGAGUGUCUCGCUCUGAACCUGCACUGCCUGAGAGGAGACCAGAGGGCUCUGACCGCCGUCAUCAACCACCGGAUUCGGCGCAUGUCCACCGACAUCAGUCCCAGCCUGGUGAACUGGAUGACCAGCAUGAUGUCCAUGAGGCUGCAGGUCAUUCUGGAGCACAACCCCAUCUCACAGGAGCAGAUCCAGAGCUUCAUCGUCCCCCUGCAGAGAGAUCAGUCGGCUGCGAGCGACACGCAGGAGCCUGAAGGAGCAGCGAUCGGGGACACUCAUUCACCGGCCGCCGCCACCACAGCAGAGGAGGCCAUGUCCGGGUCCCACGACAUGGCAGCGCGGGAGACGAGGCCGUUGCCUGGAGACCUGGGAACGCUGGGCGGAGCUGCGCCGUUAGGCGGGGACAUGGCGGGGGCGGAGGGAGGCAGCGAGGAGGCGUCAGGAGAGUCGGAGACGUGGGCUGCUUCUGUUCCCCCUGAGUGGGUGCCCAUCAUCAGGUGUGACAUGAUGACGCAGAGGAAGAUGAAGGCUCAGCCUCCGCUGUCCGACGCCUACCUGAACGGCAUGCCAGCCAAGCGCCGAAAGACGGGGCAGGGCAGCGGCAGCCUCCUCUCCCUCUCAGACGCGGUGAACCAAGCCGCCAGGACCGCCGGCGUGCGACCCAUCACCUCCGCCGAGCAGCUGCAGGGAGAUCUGGACUCCCAGGAGGUGAAGGAGGCGUAUUCAGAGCAGGUCAAAUCGGACAUUAAGAAGCGGGUGAGGGAAGACCCGGACUUCAACCCCCAGCAGUUCCCCAACGUGCACAGAGCUUUCUCCUCAGACUCUUAGUGUCCUCCACUAAAAAGCUCCUCUGCUUUAUCUUCAUCGCCUUUGGAUCUUCAUUUAACCGGCAGCAUCCUCAGACCCCGCCCCCUGAGCGUCGGGUUUUAAGGCUGUGAGUUUCCACAUGAGCCACUUGAACCGGAUCUCACACCACAGUCCUACUGUGAGGACGAUGAAGAUGAACUUGUUACCCAGAAUCCCACUGAACCCAGUUUGACACAUUAAAACUAUAGAAUGAUGGGAAAUGUUUCCGCUUUUUAACCCGACGGAGCUGGAGGCGUCUCUGCGUCAGUAAGCUCCUCCUCCUCGCUGAUGUUUUUUGAUUCUGUUUGCUUUGGUCCUUCUUCUGCUGUGUGGAGCAUGAAUGUACAGUAAGCCUAAUAAAACCUGAACCCAACAACACA